CAUGAAGCCUCAGCUGGGGAGACUCCUGCGCUCGCCAUGGCAGACGAGAAACCCAAGGAAGGAGUCCAGGCUGGGAACAAGGACCAUAUUAAUUUGCAGGUGGAGGGACAGGAUGGUUCUGUGGUGCAGUGUAAGAUUAAGAGGCAUAUACCGCUUAAUAAACUAAUAAAAGACUAUUGUGAAUGGCAGCGUUUGUCAAUGAGGCAGAGCAGAUUCCUGUUUGAUAGUCAACCAAUCAACGAAACAGACACACCUGCACAGUUAGAGCUGGAGGAUGAAGCUACGAAUGAUGUGUUCCAGUAG